AUGUCCAGCAGAUUCCAGACCCAGCGGGGUCUCAGCACUAGUCGGGCCUACAACGAUGGCAUCCUACAUCUAAGAGUGUUCAAACCCGAAGUGGACGGAUAUCAAGGCCGCCAGUACGAUGGCCCUAUUAGUGGAAUCCAGCACAAUCAGAAGACGGUCAAGAUUGAUGGCAACAACAACCGAGGAAGGGGCGCAAGGCGAAAGGCGGCGCCUAAGGCUCACGGCGUUGAAGGCACCCGCCGCUCCACCCGCCUCGCUGACCUGCCUAUGCGCCCAGCAACAACACCUGCGAGGGGCCGGACCGUGUAUCUGGAGUAG